UGGUGUCGUAUCGCAUCUAUUUAGCAUAUGCUCAUUUAACAUGUAGGCUUCUGGAAAUAUACUGAUUAUGUUUAUCAGUGUUCUAGUUAGGGCUUUACUCAGUAGUUAUUUAUGGAAGUCUCGAUAUAGUUUAUCUAAUCAAUAACUUUUAUUCUUAAACAUAUUUCUAAACAAGAAGGUUGUGUAAAUUCAAAUGAUCAUGGGACUAACUGUUCGUUUAAUUCCAAGUAGUUUGACUGAUGUAUGUAUGCAUGGAGUUAUCAGUUUCUCUCAUUUUUCCUUUUUCCUAAAGGAAUUUAUUGAAAUACCUUAUGUUGAGGAUUCUAUACUUUACCAAUAAUGUAAUAUUGAAUAAAGCCAUUAAUGGUACCGAGUGUUUGGAACAGGACUUUAUAAUGUCUUGAACAUAUUUCCUUAUCUUUUAUACACAAUCCCUACUGAUACAUCUGCGUAUUUUUGUAAUGUUAUACUUUAUAACGCUGCACAUAUGUCCAUUAAUUACUCCAAAUAUUUAUUAAACUUCAUUUGUUAACAAUCGUAGAGUAUUCAAAUUCAAUGGAUUCGAAAUUCAAAUUAAUGGAUGAUGAUAAAGAAAAUAACAAUGAGCUAUCACUAGACGUCGAACAGGCUAUUCGUAGCAGUUCAAUCAUGUCCAAAGCUCCAAUCGUGAAGUUUCUAAACAAAUCUCAUGGUAGUCUUGCACCAUUUGCUGGUGUUUACUGCUAUAAGGUUUGGGUAUCUGAUGAACCACCAAACAGAUCUCGCCAUUACGCUUAUCAAGUUAUUACAACAAAUUCAAUACAAAAAGUUUAUGUCCCGUCUAUGCGUGUGUGGCCGAUAACGUUUUCUUUUCGACCACCAGUGACUCCUAUGAAUUUUUGGAUUCGAAUUACACCACUGUUUUCGUAUGCAGAAAAGUGUGGUGAAGUCGUUCAAAGGUGCAAAAAGCACGAGAUUCAAACAUCUGGUUCCUACAUAUCAAAAGGAAAAUCAUUUGUUGAAAUUCUUGGGGAAAGUUCGGAGUAUGUGUUGGGCAGCCCCCUCUCAAAUUGCCCUCGUGACCAAAUUACCGUCCGUACACCUAUUGAUGUGCUCCAUCUCCUUCACUCCAAGUCAGAAGCUCCAUCUAACACCGCCGAUUCGGAUAUCUCAUUAUUACCAGAAGUGAGGGGGGUUUUGUAUUGUAGACUAAGCUGUUACAACAGUUGUUUUGGUUUAACAGCUCGAGGUGAAAUUGAGUUAGUUAUUACCCUUGAAGCAAAGAAUGAUGAAUCAGUUAAUCAAGAGAAUUUCACAAUCUUUGGCCUUGACAAAAUACGUGUUCGUUGUUGUUCUUGUCCGACGAGAGAUGCAAAAUCUGAUCACAAGCUUUCAUCCAAUAUUUUAGGAUCGUGUUCCACCGGCAUAAGUUCUAGAAGGUUAUCACUUAGUUUAUCUGACCAUUCAAAUAUUCGAAUAAAUACUGGAAUUUCAAGUGCACGAAAUAGUUGUCCCAGUAAAAUACAAAGAGUUGAAAACGAAGACUGUCAAGAGUCAUACUCAUCUAUUAUUUUUAACAGUAAAAAAUAUUUCAUUACCAUGACUGAUGAUCCGGAAGUAAAGUCAGCAAACACCACACUGAGGGAUUUAUCAGCUUUAACAUCUGAAAAAUGGACAUGUUCUCAUUCUCGAAAUCGCGCGCUGAAACGUAUUAAAAAGUUUUAUCGGAAUUUGGAAAGUUAUGUUACUGACUGUACCGUUAAAGAGUUAUCUAGAAAAGGAAAUGAUUACAUUCCACCCCAGGGAUCUCAAGAUAGUACAAGUUCAACUUCAUCUACAGCUGAUAAGUGUGUUGGUACGGAUAACUUGUAA